AUGGUAGUGACCGUAUUGCAGCAAGAAAUAUUUUCGUUAGGGGACUACUCGGUGCCGGUUGCCGCCUUGGUAAGGUUGCCAUCGGUGACGACGAAGACGAAGACGACGAAGACGAGGACGAGGAGGAGGACGGCGGUGGUGGUGGCGGAGGAGGAGGAGGAGGCGGUGGCGGAGGAGCCGGUGCCGGUGAAAGAGGCAGUGCCGGUGAAGAUAGUUGUGUUAGUGGUGUCGGUGGCGAAAGUGUUUACGGUGAUUGUGGUAGCGGUAGUGGUGUCGGCUGCUGUGGUGACGACGGCCGUGGGUGCGAAGUGCGACGAAGAGGACGGGAUUAACGACAAGGCGACAAGUAGAAGGAGGAGGGGGAGUACUUGCUCCAGGAGAUCGUCUCAUCUUCUCCGGGACGACCGGGCCGCUAUCCGGCCGCGCUGUUUAGCAGCAGCAAAUGGCGCUCUGGCUCGCAGCAAGCAGAUCGAGAAGAAUCUCAAGGAGGAUGGCAUCCAAGCGGCCAAGGACAUCAAACUCCUGCUGCUUGGAGCGGGCGAGUCCGGCAAGAGUACUAUCGUGAAACAAAUGAAAAUUAUCCACGAGAGCGGUUUCACGCCGGAAGACUUCAAGCAGUACAGACCCGUCGUAUACAGUAACACGAUACAAUCUCUAGUCGCUAUUCUCAGAGCAAUGCCUAACCUGGGCAUCAGUUUUUCAACCAACGAGCGAGAGACGGACGCAAAAAUGGUGUUUGACGUAAUUCAAAGAAUGGAAGACACGGAACCUUUUAGUGAAGAAUUAUUGGCGGCUAUGAAGAGGCUGUGGUCCGACAAUGGAGUACAGGAAUGCUUUGGCAGGAGCAACGAGUAUCAGUUGAACGACUCCGCGAAAUACUUCCUGGAUGACUUGGAUCGAUUAGGAGCCAGGGAAUACCAACCAACGGAACAAGAUAUUCUCAGGACCCGAGUGAAAACGACGGGGAUCGUGGAGGUUCACUUUUCCUUCAAAAACCUCAAUUUCAAAUUAUUUGACGUUGGUGGUCAGAGGAGCGAGCGUAAGAAAUGGAUACAUUGCUUCGAGGAUGUGACUGCUAUUAUUUUUUGUGUGGCAAUGUCCGAAUACGAUCAGGUUUUGCACGAGGAUGAAACGACGAACCGAAUGCAAGAGAGCUUAAAGUUGUUCGACUCGAUCUGUAACAACAAAUGGUUUACCGACACCUCGAUUAUUCUCUUUUUGAACAAGAAGGAUCUUUUCGAAGAGAAAAUCCGCAAGUCUCCUCUUACAAUCUGUUUUCCUGAAUAUGCUGGUGCGCAAGAGUACGGCGAAGCGGCUGCAUACAUCCAGGCGCAGUUUGAAGCGAAGAACAAGUCGACCACGAAGGAGAUCUACUGCCAUAUGACCUGUGCCACCGACACGAACAACAUUCAAUUUGUGUUUGACGCAGUCACAGACGUCAUUAUCGCUAAUAAUCUGCGCGGUUGCGGUCUCUAUUAGGCUAAUUCUGUAUUCUACGUUAAGCGCAAACGGAGGAGGAAAACGUUACCACGACACGGCUGGCCGGACGAUAUACUUCAGCAGGUUCGAAGCUUGUUUCGAUUCCAUUCCGGCUCGAGGAAGAAAGAGAAAGAGAGAGACGAUCCCUUUCGUUAUCAACGCUGAGCAGACCGUAGCGGAACGCAUUUAGUUUGUCUGAUCUUAUACUAACGAAUCCGAGAAGCCGACGUCGUUCAAUCGUUCGUGAUGUCGGUCGAAGAAAUGGCACGCUCCACGGCAGCGGGGAAGAACGAUUACGGAGGGAACGCGUGCUUUAAGAAUGAACCAUCGUUGGCUUCGAUUCUCGGACGGGUUAGAUGUCGUUUUUACAGGAAACGAGACCGAAGCGAUCGAGGACGGAUUUGUUGGCAAUGUCUACGAUCUUAGUCUACGCAGAAAAAAAAUUAAGGGAAUUUUAAUUAGGCGCUCGCGUUUCCACAACCCGUUUUCUCUCCAUGGCGAGAAAUGUGUCGCAAAUUGCGCGCAUGUCUGACCACCAAUGACGAUGAAAACGCGAGGAUCUUAUACGAAAAUAGAGAUCCAUAGUCACGAAUUAAUCGAUUGAAAUAGCAUCAUCAUGUCCUCUCGUGAACAUCGAGAUUAUCGAGGCUCGAGCAUUUUUAUACCGCGAUCUUCGGCUUCGUUCUCGUUUUGCGAGAAACGCUCGAGCAUUCCAUGACGCAAAGAGAAAAAGAGAAAGACAGAGUCAUGUGUGCGCGCCACGCACACAAGUCGAAACCUUUAUCCACAACUUUCGCACACAGAUUAUUAAGCGCACUCUCAAAAUUUCGUUUAUAUAUUCUCUUACGUCUCUUUUCAUUGAACGGCACAUCCGCACAUUCGCGAUUGGACGGAUUUCCCGAGAAUCUUUUUCCAGAUUUGCAUUUUGAUAAGUAAAGAGGGCAACUGAAAAGCGGCACAUUUUGUAACGCAAGAGUGUAAUGUAUCGAUAUUGCGAAAUUUUCAAGCUUGAUUUCUAGUCUAUCAAGUUUGAUUACUUCUCUUAAUAUAACGUUAGAUAUACUUUCUUUUCUUUUUACUUUACGUCAUUUCCAUACCGCGUAAUUGCUGUACAGUUAAUGUAAUGACCACGCACACGGGAUAUUCCUAGGCACAGGAACUGAUUAUAGCCACAGAUAUCGAUCUAUACGCACAUAUACACGCAUAAUUAUUUCGCAGCGGAAAAAUUUAUUCCUUCAUUAAUGAUCGUCACUGUGAAUGUCACAAUAUACUUUUAUCAUCACACAUGUACACGAAUAUACAGAAUAUAUACGAGAUGUCGAUCUGAGAAAUCCUUGAAUCAACGUUGAAUCAUCCGUUCGCUUUGCAAAAUAUAUCCUGAUAGAAAUAUUAGAAAGAAAUGAAAAAUUGUGUCAAAUUUCUAUAAAAUUAUUUGCUGAAUCUUAUUUGCGCGCGCAUGGAAUAUAUUGCAGAUAUCAAAGAAACUUUUACAGAAUAGCAAGCCUUCUUACGAGACAUUUGACGUUGUUAUCGACAUUACUGAUAGUGAUUCAAGAUUUCACCGUUCUACGCUCCAUACGUUCAAGCAGAAAUGACACAUGUAUGCAUGAGCGUGUACAAUUUUUGGGACAUCCUGCGCAACAUGCGAAACAAAUGCUAUAGCGGGAAUCCUAAGAGUGUAUUUUUCUAAGUGCUUCUUUUUCUUCCUUUUCGUUUUUUCUAUGGGGUGUAUCGACAAUACCGCUGAUUAAGUUCAAUAUAUGGGGGGAGGGAGAGAAUGAGGGUGUAGGUGGAUGAGAGGACGGGGGGAAGUGUACGAGAGCAUGCACAUGGGACCUCAUAUUUAGAUGCGCGUAACCAGCACGUGUGUAACGUGUUCCGGGACGGGCGUGAAUCUCGUUGCGCACAAUCGUACUGUACUCGGCUAUCUCGCAUAAGCUAUAUUUUAUUACACGAGAGUUGUGUUGAGGGGGGAAAGAUACGGGCAAGAGAAACGGCCGGUGACGCAUCGUCACACCGCAUCGUUCGAAUGCCACGAGACGCGCGUCUCCUGACGAUUAGCUUUCGCGUCGGAAUGAAAGAGGGUGAAAAAACAACGGGGAGACAGGCGCGCGUAUAAGAAUAGACGCGCACAUUAGAUUCAUUAGAAAAAUCGUGUGAAUAACACGAGAAUGACGCGAUAGAAGACAGAAGCGGAAUAGCAUGAGAUAGAACACGACUUUUGAACGCGAGACAA